CUCAGGAAAAAGUACAUUUUGAUUGUUUUUACUAUAAUUUACAAUGCCGACGAUCAUAGCCGUAGAUGCAUCGCUUUCGAUGCUACGCCCAGUUCCCGGCAGGAAUGAGCACACAUAUCUAUCGCUGGCCACCAAGGGCAUCCAACAUCUACUCGACAAUUUCACGGCGGCCGGCAAACUGGAACACCUUGCCCUGAUAUCGUAUACAACGACCGCGGAGUUGAAGGUGGAUUUCACACGCGACUAUGAUCAGAUACGACAGGCGGUGAAGAAGAUCGAGACGGUGGACAAGGCCUGUCUGCUGACCAUGCUUAAGACAUCCGUCAGCAUAAUGUCCACCUGGGGAGCACAGAACCUCUUGCAGCUGGUUGUGUUCACCGACUGCGGUCUGGGUUUUGGCACCACUUCGAUCAGCGGCUUUCUAGAAACCUAUGCCGGCAAAGAAGCUGAUCCGGAGUACGCGUGGCUCCGGACUGUGGCUAACUACAACCUGAACUUCAUAUGUCUGGGACUACACAGUGAUCAGUAUUUUACCCGCGCCCUGGUCAUGUAUCAGCAACUCUUAGACGCUGCCUUACUAAAGGGUCAGCUAUUUAUGACACCCGUAAAGAAUCCCGAAACAAAUGAGGCCACUUCUACUCCGAGUCACAAAAGUGAACUGGGACGCACUGCCGUUUUCGAGCUGAUCGAACGUCUGUGCGAGACAAGCUACAAGUCCACCGAGGUCACGUUGAAGUGCGGCAGCUAUUUCCGCAUGGAGGCUCCCGUUCUGCUCUGGCCCCCCACAACCCCAUAUGAGCAGCCGGCAGUGCUUGGCGUGGAGGCCGAGGUGCGUCAAAUUGAUCAGCGGAUCGACGUGUGUGGUUUCCUGGCUCUGUCCGACAUAGGCUCGCCGGCGACUCUAAGCCGGCAUUGGGUACUGCCGAAGGUCGAGCGUGAGAAGACAAGUCGUCGCUCUGCGGGCAUGGCAGUAGUGGCGAAGCCAGCCAAACUCACGCUAGACACAAGCAAUCCGAACUACGAGCUGGAGAGACUCGAACAGGACAUUCGAGAGUUUUACGCCAAGGAUCCCAAGGACACCGAAGAGAGCGGCGAUGAUGCGGAUGUCACGAUCGUGCUAAAGCACAGCAGUGGCCCACAAACGGAGCAGCAGAAGGAGUGCCUCUGUGUCCUGCUGCACGGGGCUCUGAAAAUGGAGAAUAUGGCCGCCUUGGUGCGGGUGGGCGAGAAGUGGUACGGCUUCAUGUAUGCCUUUACCGAUGCCAAGAAGAAGUCAAAUCUGAUGCUGAACAUUCUGCCGCCAGGAUCGAAUGUCAUACCCUGGUUGGGAGAUCUGGAGUUACUCGGUUUUACCGAGGAUCUGGCCCCCGGCGAAACGGCCAGCUUUCCAGUUCGCGCCGAUCGCCGUUCCUAUUCCCAGAGCAGCGUUGUGUGGAUACGACAGGCUAGCCUACAGUCCGACGUUCAGAAGGUACUGCGCCAUGCCAAGAAGAUGCCGGACAAGACCCAGCACUUCUACAAGGAACUCAAUCGCAUCCGUCGCGCCGCCUUGGCACUCGGUUUCGUUGAGCUUCUCGAGGCUCUGGCCAUGCUUCUGGAAAAGGAGUGCGCUCAUCUCACCUUGAAUGGCGCCAGCAACGAGUGCACCGUGCAGCUGCAGCAUGCCGCGACGGAGCUGCGCAAAACCUCUAAUCGGGACAUCAAAUCCACAAUUGUGCCGCAUCAAAAGGGCGGGGUACCCGAUGCGAGCAGCUCAGCUGCCGUUGCCUCCACAGCGGGUUAUAUGUAUUAAAUUUUCACAACUAUA